CAGAUCAGUACCUGUUGCCAUGGAUUUGCUCAGCAAAGGGUACAAAUUUCUUUCUGAGUUGGACGAUCCCAAAGGCGAGUCCUCGGCCACUGAUCUUGAAUCCUCCUUGGAUGGCGUCGCGGAAAAGUGGCUCGGCUGGGCUCGUGGAGGUGCUCCUGGAUCUUCACCCCAGCCACAGGAGGAGCUGAUGACGAUCUCUGGUGCUGGUCCUGCUGUUGAAAGCGUAGAUCUUCUUGAUGAUCAUCCUGGAGAGGGUGACCAGGAUGAGCACAAUCCUUUUGCUGUGGAAGCUGAGCUUGACGGGAUGCAACCGCAGCCAGUUGAAGCUGUGGUGGCCGAGCUUGCUGCCGCUGCUGCAGAAAGCGCUGGUGAAGGAGAGGAAGGAGAGGAAGGAGAGGAAGGAGAGGAAGGAGAGGAAGGAGAGGCGGAACAAAGAACUGAGUCGCCUGAGGUGUGUGAGGUGUUUGAGGUGCCUGAGGUGCCUGAGGCGAUGGCCUCCCAAAUCUUGGGAGAUCCGUCGGCGAAGCAAGCCCAUUUGGAUCAUGCAGAUGGAAUGGAAACAGAGCAUUUGACCGAAACGUUAGGGGAACCAGUGCUGCCAAAGAGCCACGAGUUCAGCAACCUUUCAUUUGAUCCACUGGUGCAAGAGACGAAGCCAACGCAACUUGCUCCUUCUGAAAGAGACGCUGUUCGAGCUCUUGAUGAGCUGACGACGGAAGCGCCGCUCUUGUCUGAUGCACUUGUACCGUCGCUUGCAGAGGUGGACUCGGUCAAAGGUGAAUACGGUGGUACGCAAGCUGAACCGCAAGUUGAACAAGUUGAACAAGUUGAACAAGUUGAACAAGUUGAGCAAGUUGAACAAGUUGAGCAAGUUGAACAUGUUGAAGAAGUUGAUGGAUCGGGGCAAGGAGGCCUUGAAGUGCCUGGAGAUUUAGCUCAAGCACUGGUCACGGCGAACCUGUCUGAGGAGCCUGCAGCCGUAGCGGUCCGGAGAUUGCAGGGCGACUUGGCCGAUGCCCAGGGCUUGCUGAAGCAGCGAGAGAAGCAACUCUCAGAUCUUUCCAAUGUGCUGGCGGAGAUGGAAGCCCGCGAUGCCCAGCGUCGUGAGCAAAGCCAGGCUACCAAGAGCAAGGCAGUGGAUGCAGUACGUCAGGCAGAACGCUUGGCCUCACAGUGGCAGAAGCGGGCAGAACAGGCUGAGACGACAAAAGAAGAAAUCAAGGAGCGAGCGGCUGUAGAGGUUCGCCGCUUGAAGCAAGAGGCCCGCGAUAUGGAGCAGGAACUACACAAAGCGCAGGAGACUUGGCGUGAGAAGAUUCGCAAGGCAGAAGCCCGUGCGGCCGAAUUGGAGAAAGAAGGGAAAGAAGCAGCCAAUAUCAGCAAUACAGAGCUGGCCAAAAUGAAGGCACGCCUUCGUGCCCAGGCUGCUGGAAGCGAAGAGACUAGAGGAGAGCUGGAGGCCUACAAGGCCAGGGCAGAGGACGAAAUGACCAGACUCAAUGAACGCAUGCGUGCCAUGGCCGACAGCGAACUGCGUCUCCGUCAUGAGCUCCAGAGCAGCGAGCAAGCGCGACAAGAGCUACAGGAGCGGGUGGUCGAGCUUUCAGGUCAGCUGGAGCAUGCACAGCAAGCCUACAGCGAAGCUGCACGGGAGGUGGGCCAGAUGUCUUUGCGUUUGAAUGAGUUGGAAUUUGGUCAGAAGGCUGAUAGCCACUCAGAGGACCUUCUUCGUGAAGAGCUGGCUGCUACCCGUGAACGUUUCAGCACGUUGGAAGAGCGACACAAAGAGUGUGUGUGGAUGAGGGACCAUGCACUGCAGCAAGCUGAGGAGGUGCGAAUGAAACUCCAAGCAGCUGAGGAGCAGCAGGAGCAGUUGCGGAAACAGAUGGCAGAACAGGGUGCUGCCGAUGCUGUGAGCUCCAAAACCCCGCAGGCUGAUGCGUUGGAUGUGGCGCAGCAGGAGGUUGCUGCCUUGCAGCGUCAAAUGCAGCGGCUGAUAGAACAGCAUGAAACGGAGUUGCAGCAGCAGGCUGCCAUGUCCACGGAAGAGAUUGACUAUUUGAAGCGCAAGAAUGAUGAAAAAGACAAAAGAUUGGAGACGUGCGUGUUCGCUGGUUUGCCGGCUUACACGCUGAAGAUCCUCACCUGCGAGCGAAAUGCAUUGCGCUACGAGAGCUCGGAGGCGAGGCCAAGCAAAGUGGCAGCAACUCCACCUCGAGAAGGGGGUGACAAGCUGGUGGACCUUGAAGAUGGCUUUUCCUUCAAAGAACUCUCUCGAGAACAAGGUGCAAUGAAGGCCCAUCUCCCAUCUUCUGAAUUCACCAGAUGGGUCGGGCUACGAUUGGAAUGACUACUCUAGUCAGAUUCCAAUCCAGGGAUCUGUGUAGCAACUGUUCAGAAGACCGUGCCAAAAUAUGAGAAGUGUGCAAUGACCAGAUCAGCUUGAAUUCCAAUGAUAUGUGAUGUGCAGUGGAACUCUUUUUUGCAGGAAGGUAGGGACACCUGUGCCCCACACACACACACACAAAGGAUUCUAUUUGUGAAACUUUUCUGACUUUGUUAUCCUUUUGCAUGCCAUUUUGAGGUUGCGCAUGCAUUCAGUGCCUUUAAAUUCUGAAGGCAUGAAUUCCUUCGCACAGAAGUUUGCAACAGCAGGCCUUUCUGUCUGAUGGCGACUUGGUGCUCAAACGAUUCAGCAAGUUGCUUUUUGUCAGCCCGACAACCAGAAGGCUGUUCUACGGAUAUGUCCUUCUGCUGCACGUUUGGAUUUGGGUGGUUCUGCACAGGGCUGCAGCCGUUCAUUCUGCCCAUGCGAUUUCCAAGCCUGUUGCGCCCGGCUGAUGAAAACAGCACUUGCAGCCUAGGGACUUUUCAGCCCACCGCCCCUGCUCAAAA